AUGGCUGUAGAUAUCGUCGACCAAGAGCUCAUAGACGCCGAGCGAGACGCCUCUUCUCAGCAAUACCAACAGCGCGCCAGCCACGAAAUCGAGCGCGUCCUCUCCACGUCGACCGUCUCCUCGGACUCGUCCACGUCGUCGGCGCGCCGCCGCAGCACCGCCACGCACCUCAACGCCCUCAGCCGCAUCUCGACGCAGAACGACCUCGAGCGCCACCCCACCGAGCUCAGCCGCAUCGCCACGCACCGCAGCCAACACAAUGCCACCGUGGGAGGAGGCGGCCUGCGCUCGCGCACCACCAGCCGGGCCUCGCGCCGUCCGCUGCCGGCCUUUGGCGCCGGGAAGCCGUUCCCGCCGCCGCUCCCCGAGCAGGAGGAGUACGUCGUCGAGUUUGACGGGCCCAAUGACCCCAUGCACUCCCAGAACUGGCCGCUGCGCAAGAAGCUCAUUACGGCGGCUGUCUUGGGCUACACCACCAUGACGGCCUCGUUCACUUCGUCCAUCUUCUCCACCGCCACCUCGUUCGUUGCCGCCGAGUACAACGUCAGUAGCGAGAUUGGUCUGCUGGGAACGGCCCUCUACGUCCUCGGCUUCGCCUUUGGCCCGUCUCUCUGGGCGCCCCUCUCCGAGCUGCGUGGCCGGCGUUUCCCAAUCGUCGUCGCCAUGUUUGGCUUCUCUGUCUUCUCAAUCGCCUGUGCCACCGCCAAGGACAUCCAGACCAUCUUGAUCUGUCGCUUCUUCAGCGGCUUCUUUGGUGCCUGCCCCCUCGCCGUCGUUGCCGCCGUCUUCUCCGACAUGUUCGACAACCGAACCCGUGGCACUGCCAUUACUCUCUUCUCCAUGGCCGUCUUCACGGGUCCCCUCCUCGCCCCCUUCAUCGGCGGUUACAUCGUCACGUCACACCUCGGCUGGCGCUGGACUGAGUACCUCGUCUCCAUCAUGGGAUUCGUCGCCUUCAUUCUCGACGUCAUCCUGCUCGAGGAGACAUACCCUCCCGUCAUCCUCAUCGAGAAGGCCGCCGAGUUGCGCCGUCGCACCAAGAACUGGGGUAUCCACGCCAAGCAGGAGGAAAUCGAGGUCGACUUCAAGGAGCUUGUCCAGAAGAACUUCUCGCGACCCCUGCGCCUGCUGUUUACCGAGCCCAUUAUCUUGCUGCUCUCCAUCUACAUGAGCUUCAUCUACGGCCUGCUCUACCUCUUCCUCACUGCCUACCCGCUUGUCUUUGUUGGCGUUCACGGCUUCACCCUUGGCACGUCCGGCCUGACUUUCUUCGGCAUGAUUGCUGGUCAGCUCCUUGCUGGUGUUUCCGUCAUUCUUCAGCAGCCCUGGUACCUCCGCAAGUUGGCUGCCAACAACGGAAUUCCAGUUCCUGAAUGGCGACUGCCCAACGUCAUGGCUGGCGGUGUUUCUUUUGCCAUUGGUAUCUUCUGGUUUGGAUGGACUGGAUACAACAAGGACAUCCACUGGAUUGUCCCCGCUAUCAGUGGCAUUUGCACUGGUUUCGGUCUCAUGUCCAUUUUCCUCCAGGCCCUCAACUACCUCGUCGACGCCUACCUUAUGUUUGCCGCCUCGGCCAUCGCUGGUAACACAUUCCUCCGAUCUCUUUGUGGUGCGGCAUUCCCACUCUUUGCUCGCCAGAUGUUCGACGGCAUGGGUAUUCAGUGGGCCGGUACUCUGCUCGGUUGCGUCGCCGUCGUGCUUGCACCGAUCCCCUUCAUCUUUUACAAGUACGGCGCCAAGAUCCGACAAAGAAGCGCCUAUGCCCCUACUGCGCCGCCUCCCGGUCUCGCCCGUGCUCCAUCAACAUCGGGUGACGAUGAGAAGGAGGACUCGAACGACACUGCACUGGCCGCUGUUGUGGCUCGAAGGGACAGCCUCGCGAACGAGCCUAAGGAGAAUGCCUAA